AUGGACUACGGCGGGGUUCCGCUCUGGAUCAACCGCUUCCUCGGAGAACCGAGCGUCCUGAGCCUGAGGGGCCGGAUGGACCCGAGCUGGUUCCGGGCGGUGAACACCCAGAGCUGCCCGGCGGAGUGCGAGUGCCCGGUCCAGUGGGCCACGGCGCUGUACUGUGACCACCGGGCGCUGGGCCAGAUGCCCGCCGGGCUGCCCGCCAGAACCCAGUACCUGUUCCUGCAGGGGAACCGGCUGACCGGGUUCAGCCCGGACGCCUUCGCCAACGCCACGGGCCUGCGCUGGCUCUUCCUGGACCGGAACCAGCUGCUCAGCGGGCGGCUGGACGCCGGCCUGUUCUCCGGUCUGACCCGGCUGGUCCACGUGUUCAUGAACCACAACAACCUGACGGAGGUGCCGCGGGGUCUCCCCGCAGGGGUGCGGCAGCUCCGGCUGGCGCACAACCACAUCGAGACGAUCCCUCCCGGAGCGUUCGAGAACCUGCGGAACCUCACGCUGCUGCUGCUCCAGGGGAACCGUCUGCAGGUGGUGGGAGAGUCCGACUUCAAAGGCCUGUCCUCCCUGAACCUGCUGGAUCUCAGUGGGAACCUCUUUGACAAGUUCCCCGGCCACCUGCCCCCCUCCGUCUCCCAGCUGUACCUCUCCAACAACUCCCUGGUGGGGGUGGAGGGGGGCGUCCUGCAGGGUCUCCCCAGCCUGCGCUACCUUCGCCUGGGCAGGAACAUGCUGCGGAGUGGGGGGGUGGACCCCGGGGCCUUCAACCACAGCGCUCUGGUGGAGUUGGACCUCUCCUACAACCAGCUCACACACAUCCCCACCGUGCCCACCACGCUGCAGUACCUGUUCCUGGAGGCCAACCAGAUCUCAGUGUUCAACGUGUCCAGUCUGUGUAGAGAGGUCAGCCCUACUGCCUUCUCCCGCAUCAAGAUCCUGCGGCUGGACGGCAAUAAGCUCCGCCCCCACGAGCUCCCGGCCGACUGGGCCAUGUGUCUACGGGUCCUUCAUCACAUUUACGUCUAGCUCCGCACAUCAUCCAUCUUCAUCAUCAUCA